UUUGCUAACAUGCGUUUUUUAGUGGGGUAGCAGUGACUGCGUGCAGUGAACUAUCUGUCUGUCCAGGUUUACCAUGAAGUAGUUUUAGUGGUUGAUUUCGUGUGUUUGUUAUCUGCUAUGUGUCAAGUAUGUCCGUGAACGCAUCAAACCACGAGCUGAUCCAGCUGAUCCACCGCCAUUUGAAGGAGCAUGGUUUCCACUCAGCUGCAGAUGAGCUUCAGAGGCACAGCCCACAGGGGGAGACAAAACUAUCUGCAUCAUUAUUGGACAUCUACAGUUCGUGGUUAAAUAACUCCAAAAAGAAAGGGUGGUCUGACACGACAAAGCACUUUACUCCAACUAAAGCCACAAAAAUCACAACUCCAUCCACAUCCAAUCAGACUCAGGCUGAGGAUGACAGCCGCUCAGACAGCGAGGAGCUGAGUCAGAGUCUACUGCCACAGACUCCCUCAGCUACCAGUAGAAAGUCAGCUCCCACAACCCCAGUCAAACCAGUGGCAGCAGCAUCUCCAAACAAAAAGAAACCAUUGAGCCCAGUCAAACCUGUAACUGCAGCCCAAGGGGAUUCCAGUGAAAGCACUGACAUAUCAGAGAGUGAAGAAAAUACUCCAGCUGUUACAUCAGCAUCAACAGUCACACCAGUGAAGCAGAAACAGAAAUCAACAGCCAAGGCAGUAAAAUCUGGGUCUGACGAGAAAGCUACAAAGAAGAAACCUGACAAGAAAGAUCAAAAGAGCAGCAAGGACACAGUCGGCAAAAAACAAGCUUCAGUUAAGGUCAAAAGUCCCAAGAAGAAAAGCAGCGUCACCUCUGCAACAGCACCUUCUGAUGGUCUAGCCAAGCCAGCCACGCCGAAGAAGAAGGAUCAAACUGCAAAACCAAAAAAGAAGUCAGUGCCAGCAAAAAGGAAAAAGAGUGAUGGUCAGUCUGCAGUAAAUGGUGUAAAGGCAAAGAAAUCAAAGACGAAAACUAAAGACAAGGCUGUGGCUGCUGGUGAAGAUGAUUCAGACUCUGACAGCAGUUUGGAUGUAGAGAAAUGGAAGAGACUGCUCCUACAGAUGACAGAUGCUGACGUAGCCAAGAUUGACACCAUCGAUGCUUUGGACUCCAAUCCACCCCCAAAGAAGAGAGUCAGGAAACCUCGGGCCAAGGCACCAGCAAAAACGGACACUCCCGUUAAACAGAAUAAUGAGAUGGUUGAGAAGGAUGGGGGAGUGAAGGUGAAAGCUGUGACAAAGCCAAAAACGGAUAAAGUCAAGAAGAGCCAGCCAAAAAAGACAGCAUCUGUGGACUCCUCUGCCACCCUGAGCCAAGAGCUAAACCUCAUCGCUGCAGAGGAUACACCAGCUAUGUCAAACCUCUCUUCCUCAAAGGCAGCGAAAAGGAAAGUUGUGACUCCCAGUGAGGAAAAAACUGAUGAGACAACGUCUGAGCCUAAGAAGAAGAAGAAAAAGGAAAAGGAGGCGUCCGAAAACAAAGUGGAAGAGCAUCCAAUUGAGAUUGGGGAAGACGGAAAAGGAAAAAAGAGCAAGAAGGAGAAGAAAAAGAAGAAUGUAAUCAUUGAGCCAGAAUGUGUUGAUAAACCUGUGGAGGAGAAGGAAAAAAAGACAAAUAGUGAUAACAAGAAGACUGACACUCAAGAAGAACUGAUAACAGAGAUGAACAAAAAUGGGAAUGCUGAUACAGAGGAAAUUACAGAGCCAAUAGUAAAAGAAAAUAAAUCUAAGAAGAAGAAAAAGGAGAUGGCUGAUAGUGAGGAGAUUUUGGCGCCAAUAUUGGAAGAAAAGAAAGCAAAGAAGAAGAAAAAGCAGGCGGCUGAUAGUGAGGAAAACUCAGAACAGACAGCAGAAGAAAAAGAAAAUUCAGAGCAGAUAGUUAAUGAAGAGAAAGCAAAAAAGAUGACAGAAACUGCUGAGAGUGAGGAAAAUUCAGAGACUAUUGUAAAAGAAAAGAAAGCAAAGAAGAAGAAGAAAAAGGCCAUUGAUAGUGCUGAAAAUCUUGAACAAGUCCUCGAAGAAGCAAAAGAAAAUUCAGAGCAGAUAGUUGAUGAAGAGAAUGCAAAAAAGAUGACAGAAAUGGCUGAUAGUGAGGAGAAUCCAGAGACGGUUAUAAAAGAAAAGAAAGCGAAGAAGAAGAAAAAGGAGAAUCCUGAUGAAGGAAAUUCAGAGCAGAUAAUUGAAGAAAAGAAAAUUAAGAAAAAAAAGGACAAAGCUGAAUAUAAUGAAGAGAUUUCAGAGCAGAUAGUUGAAGAAAAUACAACAACAAUCAAAUCAACUAUCGAAAUGCUGGAGCAGAAUACUGAAGUGAAGAAGAAAAAGAAAAGGGCGUUGAAAACCGACUCAGCUGACUCAGAGCCACUACCUCCAUCCACCCCUGAGACGCCAACUCCUCCUACAGACAAGAAGAAAAAAAAAAGCAAAUCGAUACCAUUUGAGUUCCCAGAAACACCUUCAGCCUCUGUCCAAGAUGCCACAGCAACACAAACUCCGUCAAAUGGCACCCAGAAAAAGAAAAGGAAAUCUUUGAAGAUCACAGAGUCAUGAAGCCUCUGCAUCCCUGCUGUGAUAGAUAGUGAAAGCAACACAUCCUGUCUCUAAUAAUGUGUUUAACAGUUACAAAGAUCACUGAAAACUUUUAAAAGAAAUGGACAUUUUUAAAAAUUGAUUUUGGUACAUUUUUAAAUGUUUAUCUUUUCUGUUUGUCUUAUGUGUUUACCCAUUAAGUGUGUUCCAACACAGCUGUCUUUUACUCAAUGUUUUGUUUGGUAAUUGCCAUUUUAAUGGUUUGAAUACAGUGUAUAAAAGGGAUUAUAUCUGACUGGAAUGGCUGAUCCCUCUCAAGAUAUCUUCUUCUCAAAGUGAAAUUCAGUAAUUGAAUGGAGUGAUGUCUCCUUUAAGCACAUUCUCGUUCAGUCUCAGGAAUUUCUCCCAUGAUGGUCCCCAAUCCUGAUUUGUUAUUUAUAUACGUUUAUUAACCCAUCAUGAAAGAUAAAGGUUGAUGAAAAAAACAAAACAGAAAGGCUACAUCAGAACAUUUUUUGUCCAGAUUUUUUAUUUAUUCAAAAAAUAUGUGGGGGAAAAUGUUUAAACUGCCUAUUGUGGUAUUGGUUUGUGAAGAUCAUGUUGUAAACUAACUUUUUUUACAUGUUUGAUAUGACUUUCAUAUAUCUGCUGUACAAUAUGCUUUUAAUACAAAUUAAACUUGAUAGUUUUGUAAAUCGUGUGUUUUACCUGAAGUCUGUUAACGUGGACACCGAGAUUCAUGCUGGUGCGAUAAGUACCAAAGAUGCUUUCUGUCAUUUUAUUUAGUUCUAUGCUGAUGU